CUUCGACAAAAAAAUAUCCUUUCAAGGGAGAAAGCUCAUUGAAUAAUGAAAGUCUAAGCCCAAAACAUAGUAGAAAAGGAGGUCCACACAGGACUCCAGAUAAAAGGCCAGCUUUUGUUCCUUCUAAUAAUCUUAUUUUCAAAUACGCGCAAAAUCGACCGUUUGAAACCCCUUCAACUUACAACGGUCUCAUCUCGUUCUCAGUUCUCACGCUCUGCUCACUGAAAACACCAUAGUCUCCGAUCUUCUUCUUCUUCUUCUUCUUCUUCUUCUUCUUCUUGUAAUUCAGUUGUAUAUGGGUACUAGAAAACGCUCUCAAGUCGAUAACGUAUUCGACAGCCUGGUAAAAUUACUCAAGAACCAGCAAGAACAGCUUAAAACCCUCGUCCAAGAGAGGAAGUUCCUUGAAGAUCACAUCAAGGUGCAACAUAAGCGCUGGAUUUCUGAAAUUCGUCUCUACGAAGAUCAUAUCACUCAGAUGAAGGAGGCUUUGCUAGAGAAAGAAAUGACUUGCUUGCUUGAGGCUGCGAAAUCUAAUUUGAUGAUUGGAUUAAAGCACAGAGAUGCUUCUCUUCACAAAUUAAAAUUAGGGCAAACAGAAGAUGAAUUGGCAGAUAUCAAAGCAUGUUUUGAAUACUUCUCCCGUACCCUCGAAAGAAAUUCCAAGGAAACUGAAAGUGGAAAGGAAGAAGGCAGACAUUGUGAUUUAAAUUCUGCUGGUUCUAAAAGGUUGCAUAGUGAAAUAAAAAGGUUAAACUUUGAAUAUGAGAAGCUUUCUUCUGAAAAGAAUUCUGAGGUCUCUGCAUUAUUAAAAGAGAAAAAUUUUGUAUGGCAUCAGUAUAAUGUUUUAGAGAGCAAUCUCACAAAUAAAUUGAAGAGUAACCAAGCUGAGAUUGACCAGGGAAAUGAGAAGAUUGCAAAACUUCUUGCCAGUGUGGAGCUGCUUUGCUCUUCUAACAUUGAGAAGGAUGAAAUGAUUGGAAGACUGCAAGUUAAAUUGGCUGAGGUGGAGGGUGACAGAAAUAAUUGGAGGGAAAAGUUUUCCCAAAUUUCCCAGGAGUUGGAAUCAGUGAGAAAGUCCAAAUGUUCUCAAGUUACAUAUGCACCAAAGCAUGGCAGCACGGGAGCUAAAGCUUCCUCUCAGGGAGCCAAAAGCAGUGGCAAGAAAGGAAGUAAUAUUGUUGUGAAGAAAGAAUUGUCUCCUAGAAAAGCUGUUCAUUCCUUGGAGGCUGCUGCAAAGGGUACCAGAAGUUUGAAGAGAAAAGUGGAUGAAGCUGUUACCAUUCUAGAGACUCCAAGGUUGUUCUCCUCUGCCUUCAAAUUUCCCAAGUUAAAACAGGGUACCUUCUCUACUUCUGUGUCAUGAAAACCUAACACACCCUUUUUCAAUCAUUCAGUUAAAAGUAGGGCAGCUUCUCACUAUAAUUGUUUAUUGAGCUUCUAUAGUAGCUCUGUAAUUUGCCUUCUUGCAUUUGUUGUAAAGUAUGUAAUUGCCUUGCCUCUCGCAGCAAGUAUUCUUUUGUUUAAUCUUAUUAGGCAUUUAUCUGUGAUUGUGAGGAUUUAUCAAUGUUAAAAAUAUCGUAAAAAUGUAUAUUAUGUAGAA